UAAUUGCCGUCUUUUAUCAAAUCAAAUCAAUAUCAAGCUGCUGUCGUCAUCGAAGGAGACCGAGCUCCUAAAAUUCGUCGUCAAUGGCCUCCCCCGACGCCGGCGACGGCACAAGCGGAGUUGCAACGGUGAUCGAGGUGGUCGAGUCGCCGACGGUGGCUGCAGACACCGAAGAGAUCUCGCCUCUCCUCGGCGAUUCCGCCUCCACCGCCACCACCCUCAGCAUUGACCGGCCAAACCCUAAAAUGAGUAUAUUCUCUGUUUCUUACUCUCGAAAGAGAUCAUCGCCUAAGGAUAAUUUGGUGGAGUCUUUGACUGCAUCGAGGGAGGCGGAGGUUGAUGUGAUAACUCAGAUCGUUUCUUGGAUUUGGAAUGGAUCUAGAUACUCUGCAUUGUUAUGCGUGGCUUUGUCUUCUGUAAUCUACUUUGUGAUGGAAAUCUUGAUUUUUCUAUUUCCAGUCCGAUCAAUUCCCUUGUUCCAAACAUUAUUUACAAGAUCUACAAUAAUCUUGCUACUCUCAUUUCUUUGGUUGAGAAGGACCGGGCAACCUCUAUUUGUACCAAGACAUGUAAGAAAUCUUCUAAUAUUCAGAUCCCUAACUGGGCUUAUCUCAGUGCUGAGUUUCAUUUAUAGUGUUCAAAAUUUACCUCUAUCGCUUGCCAUUAUAUUGAACUUUGCAACCCCUAUUAUGGCAACUAUGGGAGCGACGAUCAUUUUACAGGAGAAGCUGGCAAUUUCAUACAGUGGAGGUAUAGCUUGUAGUUACGUUGGUCUAGUGCUGACUUGCAUGCCUAGUCUUCUAACUCGAGGGGAUAUAAUCGGAGAUGGUGAGAUCAGUCGUCCUGUUUUUGCAAUUUUAAUUGGCAUAUGUUCAUCAAUAUUGGGUGGAAUCAGUUACUGUCUCAUACAAGCAGGAGCUAAAGCAUCUGAUCAUCCUGCGUAUACAGUUCUUUCAUUUGGACUACUAGCGAGUCCUCUUUCGGCAAUCUGUAUGUUUGCAUUGCAGAAGUUUGUACUACCUAGUGUAUUCGCGUUGUUUUUAUCUGUCAUUCUAGGUGUACUGGCGUUCUUUGCUGAGAUCUGUUUAGCUCGUGGUCUUCAGCUUGAGAAGCUCAGCAAGGUCACAAACAUUCUAUACAUGAAGGUACUAUUUUCGCAAGUGUGGGGCAUGAUAUUCUUGGGAGCGGCUGUUUCAUUUAGUAAAAUCAUUGGAUGUUUACUAAUUUUUGCGUCGAUUAGUAGCACUGUAUAUCUUGGACCAGAAAAGGAAAUUGAAUGAUUCCACCAUAAGGAAACAAUUUGAUUUUUGAAUUUUGAUGUA